UCCCAGAAAACUUUUGAGAAUCGCCCAAUCUGCGACUAGUCGCAGAAAGAUAAAAUGUGUCCCAAAAUGAUUUUUAAAGUAGCCGAAUCUGCGAUAAGUCGCCCAAUCUGGCAACCCUGUGUGAAGUAUGAUGUGAAGUUUGUCGAAGUUGAAGUAUGUGAUGAAGUGUAUCUGAGUUAAACAAAUUUAAAUAAUUGUAAGCAAGCUAAUAAUUUGAAAUGAGUUUAGCUUUUAAGCAGGCUCUUGCAAUAUACAAAAAGAGUGCCAAAAAUGAGUAUUUAUUUCUAUUACGAAAAUACGGCACUAAUUCAGCAUCCUGGAAUAUACCAAAACUUAUUGAAAUUGACAAAAACUACCUUUGUAAUUCACAUAAUAUCGCUUUAAUUCAAGAAAAUAUUUUAAAGAGAAAAGGUGUUGGCGAUAUUAUUUUAGUGAAUGAGCUCUAUAAUCAACUUAAUAAAAUUAAACCAUCUGAUAUAAAUUAUAAGGAUAUUGAGAAAGAAUUUUAUAAGCAAUGUUUAUUAAUUCCAAAUAAAACUCACCCCGAUUUAUUAAAUUUGGGAGAAGAUCCACAUUUGAUAAAAUAUGUAGGCAAAAAGAAAGAGUUUGAUUUUCCAUAUAAAGAAUUUCCAGAAAUAUGCAAACGACUAAAUUUAGCAAGAACUGAUCAGUUGGGUAGCUUAUCUGGUAGCAAAAGUUACUACUUACUGGGGAAGUUGGCAGAGUUGGAGCAAGCUUUAGUAAGGUAUUUUUUAGUAAAUCUACUUAAGAACAGCUUUCAGUUAAUAUCUGUGCCUGACAUAUUACCCAGAAAUGUCAUCGAGAGCUGCGGAAUGAACACAAGAGGUGAUAGAACACAAGUAUAUUCAUUAAAUUCUAAUUUACAUGGUCCAGAUUUGUGUUUAUCUGGGACCUCAGAAAUUGCAUUAGCUGGUUAUUUAGCAGAGGAAGUUCUUGAUUACACUGAACUGCCUUUGAAAUUAUGCUCAGUCAGUCGAUGCUAUAGAGCUGAAACAUCUAAUCUUGCUGAAGAAAAAGGAAUAUACAGAGUUCAUGAAUUUACCAAAGUAGAGAUGUUUAUAGUAACAACUCCUGAUACAUCGGAUCAAAUGCUAGAUGAUAUUAGAAAGCACCAGGAAGAAUUUUUUGAAUCUUUAGAAUUGCACUUUCAAGUUUUAGAUAUGCCUCCGCAUGAACUAGGGGCUCAAGCAUAUAGAAAAUAUGAUAUAGAGGCUUGGAUGCCAGGCAGAAAUAUGUAUGGAGAAAUAUCAAGUUGUUCAAAUUGUACAGAUUUUCAAUCAAGAAGAUUAAACAUAAAGUAUAAGAAAGCUGAUGGAACUCUAGAUUAUGUACACACUUUAAAUGGUACUGCUUGUGCUGUUCCGAGGUUGUUAAUUUCUUUAGUUGAAACACAUCAACAGUCCAAUGGAACCAUAUAUGUACCCACUACUUUAGAAAAGUUUUUGAAUGGAAAAGAACCAAUCAAAAAGCAAAAAUUCAUUCCACAACUACUCCUAAUAAAGAAUAAAAAGUAAUUGAAACAACAGCUUCUGAAAUGUUUAGAUCCGCAGGCUGAACUGCACUCUGGUCCACAGGAUAAACAAGAUUUUUUCUUCUGGAUUUGUUGUUGGCAGA